GAAUUAGUUUCACUUGAUGAUCGAGAAAAAACUAUAAUACAGCCUGGUCAACCUCAGCUUUCUCCUGGGAUUUCAACUAUUAACCUGCAUCCACAAUUUCCAGUAGUAGUGGAGAAAACAUCUCCUCCUGUGCCUGUUGAAGUUGGCCCAGAUGUCUCCACUUCAAGUGCUAGUCAAGUAAUUGCACCAACUCAAGUUACAGAAAUCAAUGAAUGCACCGUGAAUCCAGAUAUUUGUGGAGCAGGACAUUGUGUUAACUUGCCUGUGGGUUACACCUGCUUCUGCUCUGAAGGAUACAGGCUUAAUGAUCAACAAACAAAAUGUACAGAUAUUAAUGAAUGUACUCAGACUCCCCAUCUCUGCUCCCUCGGGCGUUGUGAAAAUACAGAAGGAAGCUUUCUGUGCAUUUGCCAGGCAGGGUUCAUGGCCAAUGAACAAGGAACAGAUUGUGUUGAUGUUGAUGAAUGCACCAGACCGCAUACUUGUGGAGAAGGUCUCUGUGUAAAUACCAUUGGCUCGUACAGAUGUGAAUAUUGUGACAGUGGAUUCCGAAUGAACAGGAGAGGCCAGUGUGAAGAUAUCAAUGAAUGUUCAAUUCCACAUACUUGUCCAGAUUCAGAGUGCAUUAAUACACCAGGUUCUUACCAGUGUGUACCCUGCAGAGAAGGAUUCAGAGGCUGGAAUGGGCAAUGUCAUGAUGUAAAUGAGUGUCAGUAUAGCAGUCUCUGCACAAAUGGCCAGUGUGAAAACCUUGAGGGUUCUUUCAGAUGUCUUUGUAGCCAAGGUUAUCAACUAUCCUCAGCAGGAGAUCAGUGUGAAGAUGUAGAUGAAUGUCAACAGCAGCAGCUCUGCACAGAUGGGCAAUGCAGAAACAUAGUUGGAUCCUAUAGAUGUAUCUGUGGCCAAGGUUACCAGUUGUCACCUACAAAAGACCACUGUGAAGAUAUUAAUGAAUGCCUGGAAGACAGCAAUGUUUGCCUUGGAGGGAACUGUGUUAAUACUAAAGGUUCUUAUGAAUGCACUUGUCCAGAAGGCUUCCAAUUAAUACCCAGCAGGGGUUGUCAAGAUAUCAAUGAAUGUGCAGGAUCCAAUCUUUGUUUACCUCAUGGGGAGUGUUUAAAUACAGAAGGUUCUUACUAUUGCAUUUGUGAACAAGGUUUUACUGUUUCUAGAGAUCACCACUCAUGUGAAGAUGUGGAUGAAUGUGCCAACAGCACUGUCUGUGGCGAUCAUGGUUUUUGUGAAAAUUCUCCUGGCUCCUAUCGCUGUCUGUGUUAUCAGGGUUAUCAGUUUCUACAGGAUGACCGAGGCUGUGUGGAUGUGAAUGAAUGUGAAAUGCUGAGUGGGGUUUGUGGGGAAGCCCUAUGUGAAAAUGUGGAAGGUUCCUUCUUGUGCCUGUGUUCAGAUGAAAACCAGGAGUAUGACCCAAUGACAGGACAGUGCCGCUUCCGCACCUCACCAGAUUUACCAGUAGAUACCAAAGACCCUGCAGAGGAGAAGAAGGAAUGCUACUACAAUCUAAAUGAUGCAAAUUUUUGUGAUAAUGUGCUGACAUCCAAUGUUACAAAACAAGAAUGCUGCUGCACUUUAGGUGCAGGCUGGGGUGAUAAUUGUGAGAUAUUCCCAUGUCCUGUCCUUGAAAGCGCUGAGUAUACUGAACUGUGCCCAGAAGGGAAAGGGUUCAUACCCUCUGAAGAGUCAUCUUAUGGAGCUGUUGCACAGACCUACAAAGAUGCUGAUGAAUGCCAGCUCUUUGGACAGGAAAUAUGUAAGAAUGGCUUUUGUUUGAAUACCCAGCCAGGCUUUGAGUGUUACUGCAAACAAGGCACAUACUAUGAUCCUGUCAAACUCCAGUGCUUUGAUACAGAUGAAUGUCAAGACCCCAAUAGCUGCAUUGAUGGCCAGUGCAUCAACACUGAAGGAUCUUAUAGCUGUUUCUGUACACACCCAAUGGUUUUGGAUUCAACAGAAAAAAGAUGCAUCCGACCAGCAGAGUCCAGUGAACAAACUGAUGAAAUGGAUGUCUACCAGGAUCUUUGCUGGCAACAUCUGAGUGAUGAUUUUGUUUGCAGCCGGCCUUUUGUUGAAAAACAGACUACUUACACUGAAUGCUGUUGUUUAUAUGGUGAAGCAUGGGGCAUGCAGUGUGCAUUGUGCCCCAUGAAGGACUCAGAGGACUAUGCCCAGCUAUGCAACAUUCCUGGAUCUCGGAGGCCAUAUGGACAAGAUGCAUUGGUUGACUUUGAGCAGGAACAGUACACGCCUGAAACUGACCCAUAUUUUGUGGAAGACCGAUUCCUAAACAGCUUUGAGGAGUUGCAAGCAGAAGAAUGUGGCAUUCUGAAUGGAUGUGAAAAUGGACGCUGCGUAAGGGUGCAAGAAGGAUAUACCUGUGACUGUUUUGAUGGCUACCAUUUGGACAUGGCCAAGAUGACAUGUGUUGAUGUGAAUGAAUGUAAUGAACUGAACAAUAGGAUGUCUCUCUGCAAGAAUGCCAAGUGUAUUAACACGGAAGGGUCAUACAAGUGUUUGUGCCUCCCUGGCUACAGCCCUUCAGACAAGCCCAAUUAUUGCACACCCCUAAAUGCAGACACAGACAGUGAAUUGGAGUAAGAGAAGCUGCAACUGCCUUGUAACUUUAAGCCUAUAUACUCUGCACUGUAAAAAGAAAAGAAGAGAGAGGAAGUGUAUUUAACUUGAGCUGAGGAUGUUCCUAAUCCAGAGGUUGGUUGUAUAUGGAAAACAAGCAAUUAAACAUAUCUUCUUAAAGUGAAUGGUGAUGGUUUAAUAUAUAUCAUCUUCACUUACAGCAACAGACCAAAUGGACACAUUUGCCUAUAUGGAAGAAGUUAUUAAGUAUAUAGUGUGUUCAUAAAUGAAAUCAAUGGGAAUUAGCAAAAUGUGCUGUUAUUUUGAGCAGAAGGGUGGUUUGUUUUUUCUUUUCCCUACUAUUGCUUGGUUUAUUUGGCAUUUAAUUAGUUGUGGAAAUAUUUUGUAGUACCUUUUUAUUUAGCAGUUCUUUGCCUCUUGUUUCUUUGGAAGCUUUUUCACUUUGAUCCAGAUAUUUAGAUAUAUUCUAAACAUGGCGGUAUACAAAACAAUGCUUGUCUUUGUCUGGAACAUUGGCCAGUGACUUUAAAAAUUGCUAAAUGUCUGCCCUGUGGAGCAGGCACUGUUCUUUAAAAUAAUGUACAGUUCAUGAAGAGAAAUCCUUUGUAUUCAUUUUGUAUUCUACAUGGCCUGUUACUGCACUUAACAUGCCUUAGACCCAGCCUUGCCAAGUUUCAAAGCUGCUAGAGGACGACCAUUGAAUAUCUUUUGUUCACAGUAAUGAAAGAUCUGCGCUCCUGUUCGUAUUGUAAUGUGUACAUUGAACACAGGUCUUGUAAUGGUUACCCUAACAUAUUAAAGCUGUAUAUUAAAACUCAAUAAAAUCUAAAGGUUUUUUUUAGAAAAAAAAC